GUCGGUUCGCAGCUCUGCUUCUUCUGUUUGCCUUCUCACAUUCGACAACAACAACGUGUCGCGUAAUUAUUUUUCCAUAUUGUUGAUACAAAAACGGCGCAUUAAAUUGUAAAUACACCUUAUCCACAUCCUCGCUUCUGCCAACCAUAGAAGUAGAACCAACAGCGCUGGAAGAGCGCAACCCCACGAUCUUAAAAGCAAAAGAACCGACAGUCAAAUAUCAGCAAGGACGGAAAAAUCGCAAAUCGAAAGCAAAGUGAAAAGUCAUUAAAAUAGGCGAACAUACUAAUUGAAGCUAAUAAGGCAAACACCGAAAGCCAUUCUGAUUCCCUGUACUUCAUCAAAUUCUCACUAGACAAUACCAAUAAAUCGAAACGGAAAAGUAUUAGAAGGAGACCCCCUCAAGGAGAGGAAACUUAUAGAAUAAAAACUUGCUACAAUGGCUGCCAAUAACUUGCGACAGAUUCCGCUUACUUGCUCCGGACACACGCGUCCCGUGGUGCAUCUGGAUUUCAGCGACAUCUGUGACAGCGGCUACUUUCUCAUCUCGGCGUGCAAAGAUGGCAGUCCAAUGCUGCGUCAUGGCGAUACCGGCGAUUGGGUGGGCACCUUUGAGGGCCACAAGGGUGCCGUUUGGAACGCCACCCUCAACCGGAAUGCUACUCUGGCUGCCUCCGGAGCGGCGGACUUUACAGGAAAGGUGUGGAAUGCGGUGACUGGGGCCGAGAUCCACAGCUUUCAACACAAGCACAUCGUCAAGAGCGUGGCCUUCGAUGCAGACUCCGAGAAUGUGGUGACCGGGAGCAACGAGAGGCUGGUAAGGGUCUUCAACUUGGAGCAACCGAAUGCACAGCCGGAAGAGUACGCUGGACACACGGGCUCCAUUAAGCGAGCGCUCUUUUGCCGCGGCGACAAGUGCAUCAUCUCAGCGGCCGAGGACAAGACGGUGCGCUUGUGGGACCGCAUGACGGGCAUUGAGGUGCAGCGUCUGCAGUUCCCCAACAACCCAAACAGCCUGGAGAUUUCGCGUGAUAACCACAUCUUGACGAUUGCACAUGGAUCGUCAGUGAGCUUCUGGGAGAUAGACUCUAUGAAGAAGCUAAAGGAGGUGAAAGUGCCGACGAACGUUUCGUCCGCCAGUUUGCAUCCGGACAAGCACGUCUUUGUCUGCGGCGGCGAGGACUUUAAGAUGUACAAGUUUGACUUUAUCACAGGCAAUGAAAUCGAAUCCUUCAAGGGUCAUUUUGGGCCCGUGCACAGUGUGAAAUUCAGCCCGGACGGCGAGCUGUACGCCAGCGGUUCCGAGGACGGUACCCUCCGCCUUUGGCAGACUACUGUUGGCAAAACCUACGGUCUGUGGAAGUGCACGGAGCCUACGGACAUGGGAAACUCACUCAACUCGCCCCGUGAAGUGCAGGCAAACUGAUGUUGGCGCAGCAAGAGUCGCUGCUACACGCCCCACGUCGCCCACCGCAAGGGCACGUGAUUCGGAGCUACGGCUGAGAUCCAUUUUGCCCCCAAAACGUGAGAACAACUUUCGUUUCUUGUGGGCUACAACAACGAUAUUUCAUAUUCCAACGCUGAACUUCUCAUUGGCAUUAAAUGAUAAUCACAAAAAAAAACUACAUUGUGAAAUGCAAUAGAAAUAAAUAACUUAAGUUUCUCA